AUGGAUCCCUUGUGUGCCAUCGGUUCUGUCUUGAGCCUUGUCAGUCUUGCAAGUGAGUUCGUGAAAAUCGCUCAGCGUCUUCGCGGUCGGAUGGAUGCUGAGCGCAAGGUUCAUCUUCGCUCAUUAGAAGAACUCGAAGAUGCUCUUCGCAUUGCAAGUACAGAAAUCUCCAAGGCCAACGGAAUGAUUUCUAACAGCCUGAAUGUCCCUUUCACAAGUCUAAAAACCUCCAAAGAGUCGCUCCAUAGCUUUUGCCGCAAUCCAGGUAUACUUUUGCCGGAAGACACAGCAAAUCUUCAAGGAAUGCUCGACUACGGGUCGACUAACACUGACACCGAAGAAUGGUAUAAAAGAUGGAAGAAUACUUUUCCUGACCCACCAUUUUACGAUUUCGGAGACUCUUCCAGGUCCAUUUUUGAUGAAGCUGAGGCCAUCAAGUCUGGAGGAUCGUCGCAAGUGUCUCGAGUCAAGAUCCACCUGGAUCGUAUGCAUGGCUAUGGAGGUGAAGAGAGAGGAAAGGUUGCCUUCGUUGUUAAAAAGAUGAACAGUGGGAACUAUCAGCAAUACGCACAAGAGCGAGACGCUUUCCAAAGACUGAGUCUUGCACAAAACCCGCAUCCUCACAUCGUCCCUCUUCUCGCUUCCUACCGGGCGGAAAGCAAGUACCAUCUGAUUUUUCCGUCGGCUGACUGCGAUCUCGCGACGUUUUGGCGGAACCAGCCCAGACCCUCAAACGACAAACGUACCCUUGAGUGGUUUGGAGGCCAAAUGAGAGGACUUGCAGAUGCUCUAUGUACUAUCCAUGGGCAGAAGGAACAAGAGAGUGGUUUGCGUGGGGUCCAUGGUGAUUUUAAACCAGAGAACAUCCUCUGCUUCAGCUCCAAUGACAGCGAAAGAUGGUCAGUAAGCUGGCCAGUGUUGGCGCUCACGGACUUUGGGUCUUCAUACUUCCUGACACCCGAGGAGAAAGACUUUCCGAGGGGGCUCAAACACACGCCAGUCUAUCGCGCCCCAGAACUCGACACUUCGACCGACGGUAUCACACAGGCCUAUGACAUCUGGAGUCUCGGCUGUGUCUUUGCGGAAGCCAUAGCCUGGUUCUAUGAGGGGAAAGCCGGUAUCGUGAAGCUUAUCCGAGCUCGACUCAAUGAAGAAGACAACAACCCCAAUCGAGAUGCCUUCUUCUGGUUGAAGCAUGAUUCGCGAUGGGGUCUCACGGCGAAACUCAAACCCGAGGUACAGAGAUCAUCCCUCUUCAUCGAUGAUAUGCUCUAUCUGGUGCUGGAAGGGAUGCUUAAAGCCAACAUGAGCGAGAGAAUGUCAGCCCGGGAGAUCCUUGACGCCCUGACCCGGAUGUGUGUGAAGCUGGAAAACGACCCGGCCUAUUCUGAGCCUCGUCAUAGUGAGCCUUGUCGUAGUUGCGAUGUGGAAAUGCGGCUUGACCAAACGGUCGACGCAAACUACUACACCAAUUACACAACUCAGAGUGAGGCUGUCACCCAAGACACCAACCUCACCACUCAGAGCGACGCUAGUAGUCAAGAAUGCUCGAAGCCGCUCUUUGCGUGCCCAUUCUAUGCAGUCGGGGUAGAGAUCUCUGGCCGCCGAGUUUGUCAAGAUCGAGGAUUCCCUGAUGUCAAUAAGACCAAGGAGUAUAGGGGCAGACACAUCUGCCGACGAUGUUACACUGGCUUCAACACCGAUGAGCUCCUCCAGGCUCAUGCGCAUCAAGAGCCACCGUGCUCCGCAAAGAUGCCAAAGGCAGUCACAAACAAAUUGAGUGGAGAGCAAGCCUUUCAGCUUCGAUCAAUGAAGAGAAAAUCAUCGAAAGAAAGUGCCGAGAACCGAUGGUUCGAUAUCUGUCGCAUCAUUUUUCCAAGCCUCAACCGAAACCUAGCGAAUAUCUCACCGUAUCGAGGGACCGACUCCACGAACUCCUCCACGGGCUCCAACGCAAUCUCCCAGUACAGAGAUCAUGUUUCCAAUCGAAGUCCUGAGAAAUACGCGGCCGAAUUAGCGAGAAUAGGCCUUGGCGUCACACCAGAGGAAGCUGCAGCGAUCCUCGAGCUGCAGGUCAGGGAUCUUGAGAAUUUCAGACAUCUUCGGCCCAAGGGUUAUGAGAUGUAG